AUGGACGCCUCCCGUCGUCGGCUAGCCAAAGAGCUCUCCCAGCUGGUCACCGAGCCGCCAGAGGGCAUGCGGAUCGACCAGGAAGAGGCCUCCAAAGAUCUACUUAAUUGGACUGUAUCAGUCGAUGGGGCGCCCAACACUUUGUACGAAGGGGAGACCUUCAAACUGCAAUUCAAAUUCGAUAAUCAAUACCCAUUCACGUCGCCUGAGGUGAGAGCUAGCGAUUUUUGUUUUGGUUUUAGUCUGAUCUGUCGAGAACAGAGCCAUUAUUGGGGAUUAAUCGGAAUUUUAUUUUUUUUUUCGGAAUCGGAAUUGAGGAAUAGUUUUGUAAGACUAAUGAAAAAAAAAUUUCCAUUUUGUUAAUCUGUUUUAAAAUGCCAUUAAAAGUAUCGACAUACAACAAUCACAGGAUUUUGUAAAGAUUUUUAUAUUAUCCAUGGUAAAAAAAGUGAAAAUUUUUGGCCAUUUUUUGAGAUUUUUACAAAUUUUUGGGUGUAGAUCCAUUUUAAAAUCCUUUGCAUGCCAUAAAAAACUAUUCUUUGGUAAAUUUUUAUAUUAUCCAUGACAAAAAAAAUAUUAAAAAAAAAAUUUUUUUGUGGUCCUAUUCUAUGGAUAUCGUAAUUUUAGUAGUCCAAAUCCCCUAAUUCUAGUAAUUACAACCAUAUUUUCAGGUGACGUUUGUGGGCAAUCACAUUCCCGUCCACCCGCACGUCUACUCCAAUGGCCAUAUUUGUUUGUCGAUCCUGUUCGACGACUGGACCCCUGCCCUGAACGUGCAGGCUGUCUGUCUCUCCAUCCUGUCCAUGUUGUCCUCCUGUCGCAAAAAGGCGCCUCCCAUGGACAACACGGCCUACGUGAAUACCUGUCACAGCCGCCCGAGUAUGACUCGCUGGUGGUUCCACGAUGACAAAGUCUAG